AUGCUAUCGCAUAUAAAUAUCGUCUCCAAUAUUCUAAUGCUUAACUCUACUGAAGGCCAAAACUUGUCCUGGAACAACGGUUUGGUAUGCCUUAUGCAUCUCUCUAUGUAUAUUGGUUUUACACUGGUUGCCAUACCAAAGUUUGAGCUGAAUAAAUUUUGCUCCUAUGUACCGACGAUGAAAAUCGCCAUUGCAUUUAUUGUCCCUCCAGUCCUGCUCUUACUCGGAAAGCAUCCGAUUGUGGAAAACUACGCUCUAAGCUCACUGCAAAUAUUGAGCUCCGGCGCGGCUCCAUUGACGAGGGAUCUUGUCGAUACUGUUUGCCAGAGAAUUGGGGUUCCUGUCAAGCAAGUACACAGCCUCUCUGAGACUUCUCCAGCCACUCACAACAUAACAGCCAAGUACAUGUCUUCUGACGAGAAAGCAGUUCCGGUGGGACAAACCGAUGAGCUUUGGCUGAAAGGCCCAAAUGUCUUCUUGGGGUAUCUCAACAACCCUGCCGGGGCAAAGAAUGCUCUCACGGAAGAUAGCUAUUUCAGGGCUGGAGAUGUUGGGCACAAGGACAAGAAUGGGGACUUCUACAUCACCGACCGUAUUAAGGAGUUGAUCAAGUAUAAGGGCUUCCAAGUCGCGCCCGCAGAGCUUGAAGGGCUCCUUCACGGCCAUCACGGUAUUGACGACGUGGCGGUCAUUGGCGUCUACGACAAGGCGCGUGCUAGAGGUUCCAAGACGACGCUAGAGACGGGAACGAGUAUUAUACAAUGGUUCAGCGCUAGAGUCGCUGCCCACAAGCGAUUGGGAGGCGGCGUUCGAUUUGUCGACGUGGUACCAAAGAACGCAGCUGGCAAGAUUUUGAGACGUACUUUGGUGGAUAAGGCUAAACAAGAGGCGGAGACUAUUCAGUCUAAGCUAUAG